AUGGCAUCUGGACUGUCACUCGCUCAACCUCAGCCCGUUCAGUCCACCGACAAACAAUGUUCUGCUCCCAGCAUGGAGCAACAUUAUCAAGGCUUCAACGGAUGUCCAUCUGGCUAUCUGUCAGCCGAUUGCUUCGGACCAGAUGGUCAGUUAAAUGCCGCUUUUGACCUGGAUGUUUACAUGCAAGGCAGUACAUCCGGCUACAACAAUAUGGGAACGCAAAGAUACGCUAGCGUGUUUAAUGAAAUAGGCCCAAAACAAACCGACGCCACCUCUGCAGACCAGAGACUCGAUCCAUUCAAGCUCGGAUUUCAUGCUUCCCUUGCAGAGACGGGUACUAACCAGGGUUCAAGCUGCGCUCCACAGCCCCAAGGUCUCACUGCCAUGCCAGUUGAAAUGGCGGCGGAACCACAGGCCAGCGUCAGCGUCCCUGGCCCUCAAGGUUCCGUUGCCAUGUCGAAUGAGAUAGUAGCAGGACCAGAAACCAGCACUGUUGGUCGGGACGACUUGCAGGUAUGGGAUGAUGGGAUGGGUGAAUGGAGAGUAAUUGAAGCUCAUCCUCAUUCUACAUCUAUGGGUCAGUGUGCAAGCAUCGUGCCUGGCCCUCAAGUUCCUGCUCCCACAACUUACAUGGCAGUGGAACCACACAUGAAUGCCGAAGCAAUGGGCCAGGAUAGCCCUCAGCCUACGGCUACUUUCUUUAGGGUGUGGGAAGCACGUCUGAAAGCUGUCAAGUCUCGCCGGAAAUACAAGGAAAGACGUUCACGCAAUUCGCUUCACUCUCGAAGGUCUGCUGGCGUGAGGAUAAUGGCAGACAUGUCUAAUGGAAUGGAAUCAAGACUACAAAAUGGUAUCGACUAUAUGGGCCAGGGAUUUAACACACCUGGGCAAGUUUUUACUGCCAUACCUAACGGAAUGGCAGGACAAGGCGGUUUUACCGGGAAUUAUGUAAACCCUCAACCCAGCCCUACGUGCGGGUUCCAGAAUUACACCCCCAACGACUGCAACCAGGCACCAGCACAACAGAACUCGUCCGGCCACAAGAGAACAGCUUCUACGACUUUCGUGAUGGAAGACCCAAGUGCCCCGCCCGAGAAACGAGCUCGUUUCAGAAGCGAAGAAGACGAGCAAAAAGCAAGAGAGGAACAACUGUUGAUGAAGAAGGCAGGAGGCUCGUGUCUCUGGUGCUACCGCAAUAAGAAGAAGUGCGACGCCAUGAAUCCAUGCUCGAACUGCAAGUUCAAUAAAUACCAGUGUAUCCGGGACUACACACAGCUGAUUCUGUCGUCGUCGGCAAGUAACGCGACAGACGUCUUCCGCCGGCUACGCGACACAGCCGUGCGAUCGUCGUCAGAAGCUCAUAUCAACGUCAACUUCAGACAGCCAGGCACCGGGGCGAUCGCAUUCUGGUCUGCUAGUCUGCCUCGAGCCGAGCCAUACUCCCCAGGCUACGUGAACGAGCAGCUUGUCUCCACAUUGCUAGGGUUGGUUAGAGCACCGGGACUUGACUGGGUCGAGAAUGAGACGGCACGACACCCUCUCGUCCUAUCAGCAUCGGCCAUGGUCAGACACCUUGCCGUCAUCAAGUCCCUAUUCAGAGGGCAAGUCUACGUACGUCCAGCUGAAGCAGACGCAGGAAGGAUUACAGCAUUUUACAUUUUGACGGCCUUUAUCCAGAGCCUCCUCGAAAGAUCACAAACUUUCUCCUCCAGGCUCUGGAAGGCAGUCCGUCACAAAAACAAAACCUGCUCCGACAGCUUGAACCCGACCAGGAAGCCCCUAAACCCAGAAUGGGUAGCAACGGGUCUCUACUACCGCGUCAUUGAUGGCCUCCGACCCAUGCAGCAAGACCCGCUCUUGAAAAAGGCCCUCGGUGACAUCUCCCACCUGCACAACCGCUCAAAAAUCGUCUUGAGCGUGCUGAGAUGCCUCCCCUUGUCCACCGGCAAGCUGAACAGUAAGAUUGAAGCCCGCGACUCCCUCCGCAAACACAUUCCCGUCCUAGAAGAGCAGUGGCCUCUCGACAUCGCGCUGUUGCCUGGUGUCAAUACCAACGGCCAGAAGCUGCCUCCUACAUUGAUGCAGCGACUAGCAGAGCCGUUCUCGGGAACCUCGUACUUUAUAGAGACCUUUCUGGACGGUAACUUCGGUUUCCUGCCCGCAGUCAUCACGGCACACUCGGCCACACCCGGCAACAGCAACAUUAACGAGUUAAAUGAACCGGACCUGGACUGGGACUCCUUUUUGGACUUCGACGCAUCUCAGUCGUCGGAGCCAUCGGCGUCUCGGUCCUCAACUCCGUCUACUGAGGCCUUUGAUAGCUCCCAGGAGAAUGUUUUAAUCGUCGAGGAUGAGCUUUUUGAUGAUCGGUCUUUAAAUGUUUGGGGUAAUUUGGAUGUUUUUGAUGGGAAUAGCGCUGCUUAUUCUUUUUGA